ACGAUCAAGGUAUCGGGGUAACCUGUUCUUAGGGUAAAGUACAGUGGGUUGAAGCAACUGAGCGUCUGACUGGGUAACUGGGGUUCUCAAUGACUGGGGGUGAAGUUAUGAUCGUCCUCAAGUAAGUAUUGAGGUUAACUAGAGUUUAAUUGCUGCUAAGCAAUCCUAGAAUCGAAUCUAUCUACAUGGUAAUGAGCGUGCCUUAUAUAGACUAUGUUCCGAAUGUGAUCUCUCCUGAUCUGUCACAGAUCGCAGAAAUCACUUCCCUUGAUCUGUUGUAAUCCCUCAAUGAUUACUGAGAUCACUCUCUUGGCAAUCACGUGAGGUCACGUGAUUCCUUCUUAUGUAAUCCUCUUUCUGCCGGUCGGUGAUUUCUUUGGGCGGGUGUCGUCAGGAGGGGUGUGACCCCACCUGGCCUCCCUGGUACCGGCCCAACUGUCUGGUCGUAACAUCAGGUCUCCUCUCCUUUGGCCAAGUCCCUUUGGCCUUUAAGUAUCGUGUAGCCAAACCAAAAUCUGGUCGUUCGUCGACAGAACGUCGCCACGCCCUUCUUUCUUCCCUGUUGUCGACGGAUACCGUUGAGAUGCCUUCCUGCAGUCCCUGCCGUGCCAAAGGCGCAGCGUCUUGUCAGGUAUCUCCUCAGGAUUCUGCUCGCUGUGUGGAGUGUGUUCGUUCCAAUCGCUCUGGGUGUGACGUGUUGGGUCUGUCCGCUGCUCAAAUCCGUCACAUUGGUCGUCAGCACUCGAAGUUGGAUGCGGAGGUCGAGGCGCUUGAGGAGCAGAUCCAUGUGCAGCAGGCGAAGUUGCUUCGUCUGCGAAAACAAAAGAAACUGUGGUUUGAAAAGAUGAUGCGAGCUGUGUCUCGCGGAAUUGAUGACUUGGAGGAAUUGGAUCGGGUGGAGCGUGAGGAGGCGGAACAGGAGGAGCGUCGACGAUCAACCGAGGUCCUGCCUGAAGUGUCCUUGGAGUCGCUUCUUCCGGAUUCCAAUUUUGUCUGGGAUUCGACUUUCCCGAUGGGUCCUCUGAAUCCUUCGUUGUUGGAUGAGAUGAAUGUUCUUGCGCAACAUUCCGUUGGUUCGUCUGGUGGUAUGGUUUCGAGUCCUGGUCGGCCCUUAACUUCUGGGAAUGAUCCAACUCCUGAUAGUACUGGCGGAGCGGUUCCUGGCAAUCCUGGAGGUGGUUAAGGGGUUCCCAAAUGUUUUCUUCAUGCCCAUAGUUUUCCCAUUUAACAAGGUACUCUGUUUUGCCGUGGUUUCGUCUAUGGUCGAAUAUUCGUUCAACGUCGUAGGUUUGUUCUGCGUCGAUCUCGAUCGUUUCUUGUGUGCUGGUGCCGUGUGGUGCUGGUUCCAGUAAUGAUACGUGAAAUGUGGGGUGAAUUUUCAUGGUGUCUGGUAAUGACAGUCUGUAGUUGGUGUCGCUGAUUUUCUUGCUAAUUUUAAAAGGUCCAAACUUCUUAAAAUCGAGUUUGCUGUUAGGUCGUUGUGUUUUGAUGUUGCGUCGAAUGAGGUAGACGUUAUCUCUCUCCUUAAAGGAUGGUCCCUUCAUCCGAUGCUGAUUGGCGUAUUUCAUCAUUCUUUCUCGUACGAACUCUAGUUCCUGCUGGAGUUCUUUAUAUAAUUGUCGUAACUCGCUCGCUUGUUUAUCGGCUCGCGGUGCCGUAAUCGUGGUUCUUGGUUCUCCGUACGCUGUAGGGUUAAAUCCAUAAUUGGCGUAGAACGGGGUUGUUUUGGUAUUUUCGUUUUCUGAGCUGUUGUAAGCGAAUUGUGCUAUGGGUAAUAACCGUACCCAAUUAUCUUGCUUGUGGUUCACAUAGCAUCUUAGGUAUUGUUCCAGUGUUUGGUUGGCUCGUUCUGUUUGUCCGUCCGUCUGUGGGUGGAAUGCUGUGGAUAGCUUGUGGUCUGUUCCUAGCUGUUCCAUCAGGGAUUUCCAAAAUCUUGAUGUGAAAAGCUUGUCUCUGUCUGUGAUGAUGUUUUCUGGAAGUCCGUGAUUGCUGACAAUCACUCGUAGGAAUGUGUAGGCGAUUUCUUCGGCGUUGCUGCUUUCUUUAUAUGGUAGGAAGUAGGCGUAUUUGGUGAGCUUGUCCACUAUAACCAAUAUGCUGUCGUACUUGGUCUUAGUGAGUGGUUCUUCCGAAGGAGGUAACUUGACGAUAAAGUCCAUUGUGAUGGUCUGCCAUGCCUUGCUGGGGGCUGGUAAGGGUUAUAGGAGUCCGUAAGGCCUAUGUCUUGCGGACUUGCUUUUGGCACAAAGUUCGCAGUCCUUAAUGGCUUUUCGUACUUUUUGUCGUGUUCUUUUGAAAUUGUAAUGCUGUUUUAGCCGUUUCCAUAUCUUGGAAAUUCCUUGGUGUCCGUGGGCUUUGUUUCCGUGGAUCUUCCGUAUUUCUUCUGGUGUGGUUACCGUAUUUGUUGUUAUAAAACUCCGGUGUGCUGGUAAAAGGUUUCCGUUUCCGUCUGUGGUGAGGAUAACCCGUGUUUCCUCUGGCACUAUGUUCUCGUAAUCUGGUCUUCGGCUGAGGGCGUCGGCCCUGCCGUUUUCUGUUCCUUUUCGGUAGAUGAUUCUAAAAUGGAAUUCUGACAGGAAUUCUAACCAUCUAAUUUGUCGUUUGUUUAACAUUUUGCUAGUGGUGAAAUGGGUCAGGUUCUUGUGGUCCGUGUAAACUAACACCUCGUGUUUAAUUCCGGAUAACUGUGGUUUCCAUUCUUCAAAUGCUCGAAUAAUGGCCAUAAACUCUUUGUCGUAGAUCUGGUAAUUGAGUUCUGGUCCAUGUAAUUUUUGUGAAAAGAAGGCGCAAGGAUGCAACCGUCCUUCUUCGUCUCGCUGACUGAAUUGUCCUCCGAUCGCAUAGUCCGAUGCGUCGGUCUCGACUUCGAAAGGUUUCGUUGGGUCUGGUAUCUUGAGAAUUGGUUCUCUGGCUACUGCGUUUCGUAGCUGUUUAAAGGCUUGUUAUGUCUGUUCCGUCCACUGGAAUUCUAGGUUUUUUUUGGUUAUGUUGGUCAAUGGGGUGGCAAUCGCGCCGUAUCCCUUGAUAAAUCUUCUGUAAAAGUUCACGAAUCCGAGGAAUGCCCGAACGUCUUUUACGUUCUGUGGUUAAGGCCAUUCCUUUACCGCUUGGAUUUUCGAUUUCUCCAUCCUAAUUUCUCCAGGAGCGAUAAUAUAUCCUAGGAAAUUAACUUGCUUGCUGUAAAAGAGACACUUCUCGGGCUCAAUUAAAAGCUUAGCGUCUUGCAGCUUCUGUAAGACUGUGUGAACGUGUUGCUUGUGUUCUUCCAACGUCUUGGAAAAGACAAGGAUGUCGUCCAGGUAGAUAACGACGAAAAUGUCUAGGCAUUCCCUGAAAACGUGGUUGAUUAUGGUUUGGAAGGUUGCUGGGGCGUUGGUAAGACCGAAGGGCAUUACUAGGUACUUAUAAUGUUCUCGUCGGGUGCGAAACGCUGUUUUCCACUUUUCGCCUUCCUUUAUGCGGAUCAAAUUGUAUGCUCCUUUAAGGUCUAGUGUUGUAAACCACUGUGCUUGAUAGAGCAUAUCCCGGAAUUCUCCUAUUAGUGGGAGUGGGUAGCAAUUCUUUAUGGUGAUGUCGUUUAAUUGUCUGUAGUCCACGCAUAGUCGUAAUUUUCCGUUCUUCUUUGGUACGAAGAGGAUUGGGUAUCCUGCUGGUAAUGUUAAUGGUCUGAUGUAACCUUUCUUAAGGUUCUCUGCGAGGUAUUCAUCUAGUGCCUCCAUCUGUGUUGGGUUCAAGCCGUAUAUUUUGUGGAGUUUGGGCUGUAUUCCUUCUUUCAAUGGUAUUUCGUGGUCGAACGGACUAUGCUCGGGUAGUCCUGUUUCGAAUUCGGGGCUAAAUAGUCGUCCAUAUAUCCGGUAUUCGGCCGGGAUGUUGUCGAUCAAUGUGGUAAGGUUCGAUCGUUCUUCGCUCAUGGAUAGUCGCGAUCCUUCCGAUAUUGGCUCCAGGCGUGGCUCGCUUUUCUUUAAUAGCGCCAUAAUCUUUUGUUGGUUUCGUUCCUGUGCCCUACGCUCGUUGCGUGAAAUCCUUUUCUUGGGUUUUCCUUCAGAGGCUAACGGCUCUUCCCAUUGGACUUGGCCGGUUAUCCAAUCUAUCCGGGGGUUGCUCCUUCUGAGCCAGGGGAUUCCUAAUAUCACGUCUUUGUCCCCUAUCUCCGUAAUGUUUAAAGUGAUUUGUUCCUUUCGUCCAUAGCUCUCCAUCCAGAGGUGUACGGUCUCUGUUUCGAUGGUGCCGUUCCCGUAUAAAAUUGCCUUUCCUUCCACGGUUUGCAACUGGUAUAGUUCCUUUUUUUGCCGCCAAGGUAUCCGUCGUUUCGCUACGACCCUUGGUGAGAUAUAAUUGCCUUGUGCUCCACUGUCGAAAAGUGCUCGUAUGGGUCUGCCAUCGAGUCGUAUAUUGAGAAAUAUGUGUUCAUGUGCUGCUAUGGUGUUUUGUGUAGCGUUCAGGGUUCUUUGUUUCGUUCCUGUUGUCGCCGUUCGGUGCCCUGUGCCGUCUGGCUGUCUUAGUUUUUUAAUUUGCUGGACUCGCGUCGUGGGUCCUUGUUUUUUUUGUCCCUGGGUGUGUGGCUACUUCUUGUUUCGACUAGGUUAAGUGGGUGUUUCGCUGGUACGGGUAUCUUGCGUGCGUUCGUGGUUAUCUCGUUAUUUCGUACGUUGGGGUUCCACACAAUUCUGGUCAUUGGUGCAGGUCCUGGUUGCCGUGAUUUCUGUUCGUGCCAGGCCUGUGCUUUGGCUAGCAUAUGUAUUCUGUAUACGCUUCGGGUGCACUUAUACCAUGGGAACUGUUUCUGG